UAGACGGUAUAAUUUUAUUUCUAUGCAUCAUGGAAUAAACCCAUAAUUCCUCAUGCCAUAAAAGCUCCUAAUAAUAUUCCUUUUCUACUUCCUCCAUUAACCAUACUAGUAAUCCUUUCCUUUUGUACCUCCUCUUUAAGACUGUAACAAUUGUCGCCAUUGCUUCUCUCUCCUCAAAUAAAUCAGAGAGUCGUCUAACAAUUACGCCGAUCGCCGACGAUAUGGAGCCGGAUAAUGUUUUAAAAUUUGAAUACAAGGAGUUGGUUAGAUUUACCGACAACUUUAGCGACAGUAACUACAUCGGCCGUUUCCAAUUCGGCAAAAUUUAUCGCGGAGUGUUCGGCGAAGUCUAUCCAAUUUAUAUGUUGGUGAAGAUGUGGGAAGUUCCGGAAAUAUACAAUUACAAGCCUGGAGAUGAUAAAGUUAGACUGAUGGAGGAAGUCGUUUUACUUCGCCAUGAAGUCGUGAUCAAACAUCCGUGCAUGGUAAAGCUGUAUGGAUACUGCUUCGACGACGAGCAUCUCGGUGUUAUUUAUUCGUUGAAGCCGUUCGACUCUAUUUAUAACCUCAUUCCUAGAGAUAGUUUCACAUGGCUGCAAAGGAUCAAAUCGGCAUUCGGAUUGGCUUCCCUUCUCAAAUUUCUACAUGCUAAAAACUCCACUUCAUAUUACGCACCUUUCGUAGUUCAGAAUCUUGAUGCUGCUCAUAUAGUGCUUGAUGAGGACUAUAACCCAAGGCUAUGCGAUUUUGGUCUGAUAUGUGGUGGAAUUUUCCCCGAUAGAAGAUCGUAUUCAGGCCCAUUGGGUUGCUAUGGCUACAUCGAUGUUUGUGCAUCCAAUACAUAUGAUUGCUCGAACAAAAAGGACGUGUUUGCAUUUGGGGUGAUACUCCUAAGUUUGAUAUCGAAGAGAGUAUACACAGAAGAAGACAGGCAAUCUGGUUUUCCGACUGUUUACGAGUGGGCUUUAGGACAAUGCCAAGCGUUUGAAUCGUACAGUGAAAUGAAAGAUGCAAAGUUUUCGCUUGUGCAUAAAAGUAUGGCGUAUGAAAGUGAGUUUUGUGGUAAAGAUGGGCAUAAGAUUACGAUGAUUGCGUUAGAAUGUGUUAAUAGAGUCCAAUCGGAAAGGCCUGCAAUGAAGCAAGUUUUUAGAUCUUUACGCAAACUCGAAGUUGUGAAGAACAAUGCUGACUUCGUCGGAGCAAACAACAAACUGCUGCUUCGGCCCUGUGAAAUUACUAAAAAUAGCUGCUGAUUUAUUAUUUAUGGCAUUGAAAUAUGAUAUUAGAAUGUGAUGUAUGUUGUUAUUUAUGGCAUUGAAAUGCCAAGGCUUGGACUCGUUAAUUUAUCCAUAUUGCUGGCGUCGUGGACUAUGUUUUCUUGUUGUCUUGAAUUUUUUUGUUAUUUUAUUUAUGUUUUUUUAUU